AUGAGUUUGCAUGCUUCCAAAAGUUUUGAAGAUUUUACAGCUCAUUCAUCAGCAAAAAGAGUUCCAGCAUUUUCAUCUAAAAUCUUAAAGAAAGUAUCUAACUAUCAUUCAGUGAAUUCACUGCAGCUGAACUCUGAGAAACUCAGGUCUGAUAAUUCCUCCUUCAUUCUUAGCUUGGCUAAUAAAAGCUCAAUUGUCAAAAGCAACUAUUCUAUGAAUACUUCAGGCAUAUAUCUAUCGCCAAUAAAAGAAUCGACUUCACCUCCUAUUCAGUUUAAAUCUUCUGUGAUAAAAAAUAAGUACAAUUUAAUUCAAGUUCUACAAGAAUUAGAAAAAUCAAGCGAUAAGCCAGAUAUUAAAAAAGCCAAAGCUGCUUCAAAAGCAUUAGAAAUAUGUGCUAAUGAAAGUGGGGCAUAUCAAAAAGAAAUGCAGAUGAUUACUUCAGAAAUUACUAGGUCGCUUUAUGCUGACAAAAAAGAGCUGGAUGAGGACGUCCUUGAAAAAAUAUAUGAUAAACAUACAGGUAAUUCUUAUGAAGAUGCCUUAUUAGACAGUGAAAUACCUUAUUUCCAUAUAUCAAAUACUUAUAAAGAAUUAUGAGAAGAAUCGAAGAAUGAUAUUAAUAGAUUGCAAAAAUAGAUUGAAUUAUUAUUUAAGACAUUUAAGUUUAAGCUUAUAAUAACUCUUCAAGUCCCGUACUUCUUGGCCUAGGCUUGGACAAUAACUCUGAAUAAAGAUAGACGGGCCGUCUAUCUAAAACUGUUUCUAUCCCUAGCCCUUUAGGACCUCUCUGAUCUACACCAGGCACAGUGUAGACCCAUAUUCUUGAGCUGAGACUCUCAAAAAGUCGUGAACUUCUCCCCUGAGCUCGAAUGUAGGACUUGAACCCUACCCCAAGCUAAUAUUUCUUAAUUGUGAAUUUCUUUUGAAAAAUCUUAUACCGCAAAAAUCACUCAUGCACUUGGAAAGAGGUAAAAUCUACACAGAUUUCAAAGUCGCUAUCAAAGCUAGAGACAAAGAAAUUGAUAGACUAAAAUGGGAAAUCCAAGAAGCCAUCAAUGCACCAGUUAAAGCUAUGGAGUGAAAAAUGGUCCAGUUAGAAGAACAAGUAAUGCUUUAUUAAGAAUAUAAGAUUUAAAGACGAUGCUAACGAUACCCAAGAAAAGCUCAAUCAGGCAUAUAUGAAAAUUAACGACUAUAUAAAAUUAGCAUUAUUUAGAUUAUCGAGAAGCUCCCGGUAGCACUCGCGAGUGUGUUUCUCCACCUUGCGUCGUUGGGCUGUCCACAGCUGCUCUAUCUGGGGGUUAAAUCCUCUCCGCCUGAGGCUUGAGUCAAAUGGAGAGUAAAGUGGGCUAUGCCACUUUAUCAUGCACUAGGCUAGGGUUGCCUGCUUAGAAAUUCCAAAAAAUGGAAUUUUGGAGACUCUUGACAAAAGGUAAAACUUAUAUUCAGGGCUUAACUCCUGGUUUUACGCUGGAGAGCUGCCCGAUAGGCUUAGAAGGCUUUACUGAGCUUCCCCUUUCCAAUUCCAAGUCUCCAUUUCCAUCGAGAUAAAUCCAACUCCUGAAAGCGGACUAAAGGCUAGGCCCAAAACAUAUUAGGAUUGGUUGACUAGUAUAGCUGUCCAAUUUUAAGCUGGAAAAACCUUGCCAGUAGCUCCAUGAUCGGGAGGCUCCAGGCCGAGACACCAUAUUUUAAUUAUGAAAAUUAACAACUAUAAAGCAGAGUCUUCAGCAGACAAAAAUUUGAUUGGAGAUUUGCAGGUAAAAACAAUACAAAAUGAAAAGCAAAUUAUCCAUUUAAAAGAGAGCUUAAAUGAUUUGGUAAAUAAGCAUGAUGCUGCUUUAAAUGAAAAUAAAAAUUUAAAAACAGAGCUUGAAUCAGCAGUUAAAAUGCUUGAGAUUAUAAAAGAUGAAAAAAGUGAGCUUGAAUUGCAAGUGAAGCUAUUGGAAAUAAAAAUAAGCAAUCUUAUAGCAGAUUCAGGAUCUGGAAUGGAGAAUUUAACUCCAAGGCCAAACUUCGGCGGUACUGAAGAGUUUCACACUUUGAAAGGUUCAAGCACCAAAGAAAAGGUUGGAGAAUUAAGUUUUUAAUUAAUGAAAUUUUCUCUCGCACAUUCAGUGCCUUCUAAAUUUUCUUUACUUGAGGUUGAGAUAUGAUAACAGCUCUGAACAGCAGUAGGUGAAGUGGCCUAACCGUCUAACCGUUAAAGUUAUCAAGCCCUUUUCAGACUUCUCUAGUCAGUGUCAGCCUUAGCACAGACCUCUUCUCUUCAAGCUGAGACUCUCAAGAAGCUUUGACUUCUCUCACUAAGCUCGGUUAUGGGUCUAGCCUAGUGGAUUAGGACUAGGGUCCCAUCCCUAACUGCCAUUUUAAAUAUUGUUAGAGAAUUAAUUAAACUCCUUAAAAGCUUCAAAUUAGACCGUAAACCUACAAGAGUUUUUCAAAGAAGAGAAACUUUAAAUCCAAAGAGGAAAAACACUUUAGGCAUUUCUAUAAGAAAAGCUGAAAGAAUGUUUUCUGUUAUUGAAAAAACUGAUGAUGACUUAUAA